AUGAUUAUCAUCUGGGGACGCACCACCCGAAAAUCCUUGAGGCCCGAUAGCGCCGCCAUCCUGGGAUCCAACCCUCGUUGUCCGAUGAGGGGUUGCGACGGAAGGUGCCAGCUGUUCAACAUUACACGCUACUGCCAUGCGUACUGGAUCCCCCUCUUUCCACAAGGAGAACCCCGGCAGAUCGUUCAGUGCCGUCAAUGUCAUGCCCUGUUUGACCUCUCUGAGUAUCAGAGCUUCCAAAAAGCAGCCCUCGAUGUUGCGGCUCGAAAUGUGCUUCAGGCCAUGGCAAAUGCCAAGGCAGGAGAGAGCACACUCACCGACCUUUUGCGUCGCAAUCAAUUUACAGCGGCAGAAACCCAGGCACGAGCCAUGCUCAAGAAAGACCCAAUGAAUAUCAAUAUGAUGUGCCAUCUCAAUGUGGCCCUGAACGGGUUGGGAAGGACCCAAGAAGCCGACAAACUGGAAAGCCAAAUUGUCUUUCAAUGGCAGAAUCACUGCCGUGCGAAAUGGAUUGCCAGUGGCCGUCCCAAGGGCGUUUCAGCGUUUCCCAGGGUCAUGAUGAACCAAGCCACCUCAGAGUAUCGGUUGGAAGCCAAGCAAUUUUUCGAGCCCGAGAAGAUCAGUGAUGACACCGUCGCUCUCUACAAAAUCUUGGCCCACCCCCGAAACGACGGCCCGAACGAGCCCUUUUUGGCCCCUGACAAGAGACUCUUCAAACUAGUGAAGAGCGGCAAAUCUUUUGUGCUCAGCGAGAUCACAGCGACUGGGUCCACCACAGACGUCAUCUCGUACAUGGCAGAGCAGCCAGAUAUCCGAAAAGUGACAGCCGACGUUGCUUCCUUUUUGGGUGGCGGGGGAGAUGCGGGGAUGCCCCUGGCCACGGCUGAAGCAAUCCCUGAGGUGGCAUCGGCGGAGCCAACCAAGGGAGAAACCAUGGCUGAAAUGACGCCCCUUACCGCGGUAUGCGAAACGAAGAGCAUCCCAGAGGUCGUUUGA